AAUAAUAAUAAUAAUAAUAAUAAAAAGAAGAUAUCUCUUUGUAAUCGCUCCUUUGUCAGACCUCGAUAUUUUGCUCUUUCUAUUAUCGGUCCUUUUCCUUAUAGCUCAAAAACUGCGGUUAGAAAAGAAAUGGUUUUUUUGAUCUAGGAUUUGCUCGUUUAUAAUUAAUGGUUGUAGAUCUAGGAAUUUAUAUUUAUAAUUGUUCUUUGUGUUGAAUUUCAGGUUUUCCCUUUUCGCCUUUGUCUCAGCUCUCACUUCAAUCAGGAAUCAUUAUUGAGCUCAAAAUUUUAUUUUUUUGGCAGUUUUCACCCAAAAUUUGCAUAUUCUUAAGGCAGGUUUCAGGUUCUGGAUGGUUAAUCCCUGUUUGUAAGGAUUUUGCAUGUGAUUACAAAGAGAUGAGUCACACAAAACAUGAGAGGGGAGAUGGAAUGCUCUAUAAGGAUCAGACAGAAUCGCCAUUGAUCGAUGAUGAUAACUGUGAAGGAGGUGGAGCUGGAGCUGGGGGGAUUGUUCUGAAGAAAGGACCAUGGACUUCAGAUGAAGAUGCAAUUUUGAUCGACUAUGUGAAGAAGCAUGGGGAAGGAAACUGGAAUGCUGUUCAGAAGCACUCUGGACUAUUUCGUUGUGGGAAAAGUUGCCGCUUACGAUGGGCAAAUCACCUCAGGCCGAACUUGAAGAAAGGGGCUUUUACUCAAGAAGAAGAACAACUGAUAAUCGAACUCCAUGCAAAGAUGGGAAAUAAAUGGGCUCGAAUGGCAGCACAUUUGCCUGGUCGCACGGAUAAUGAGAUAAAAAAUUACUGGAAUACCCGGAUUAAGAGGCGCCAACGUGCUGGGUUACCUCUGUAUCCUCCUGAAGUGUGCUUGCAAGCACUGCAUGAGAGCGAUAGUGUCAGUGCAGCAAAUGGAUUGGAUAAAGAACCUCAUGAUAUCUUGCAGAAUAAUAGCUAUGAGAUACCUGAUGUUGUAUUCGACAGUUUAAAGGCCAAUCAAAGUGUGCUUCCUUAUGUUCCUGAGCUUCCUGUUAUAUCUUCUGGCAGCAUGCUGAUGAAAGGUCUAGGUUCUUCUCAAUAUUGUGGUUUCAUGCCAUCAACAAUCCAUCGCCAGAAGCGUCUUAGAGAAUCGCCAGCCUUUCUCCCCAGUUAUACUGGUGCUGUUAAAAGUGAAUGCCCAUUGUUUAUGCAGUUUGAAGAUGAUAUAUCAGACAAGGCUGCUGGAUCCUUUGGGCUGUCUUUUCCAAUUGAACCGGAUCCCGCAACAAAGUACUCCCAUUCAUUUGGUGUAUUCUCAGGCAGCCAUGCCCUUUCAAAUGGCAAUUUCUCUGCUUCAGAGCCCACUUUAGAGGCUGUGAAGUUGGAGCUCCCUUCACUCCAAUAUCCAGAAACUGAUUUAGGUAACUGGGACACGUUGUCUUGCCCUCCACCUUUACUUGAGUCUGUAGAUGCUUUUAUCCAGUCACCACCACCAACCAGUGGACUGGAGUCUGAUAGUCUUUCGCCCCGUAAUAGUGGCCUGCUGGAUGCUUUACUUCAUGAGGUGAAAACUCUAAGCAGCGCAAAGAAUCACGCAUCUGAAAAAAGUUCAAAUUCAUCCACCCCCUGUGAUAUAGCUGAAGGUUCCACUUUCAACAUUUGUGAGACGGAAUGGGAAAAGUGUGGUGAACCUCUUUCUUCAAUGGGUUAUUCAGCAACUUCUCUUUUCAGUGAGUGUAUCAGUGCAAGUGGCAGUUCUUUGGAUGAGCAGCCGCCUGCUGAAACCGUUACUGAGUCUCAUGUGAAAUCAGAGCCAGCUGACCAUGUUUUUACCCCAGAGAUGGAAAAAGAGACUCCUAUUCGGUUGGAAGGUAGUCGACCCGAUACUUUACUUUCUUCAACUUGGCUGGAGCAAGGUUCUGUUUAUGAUGAGGGUCAAGCAAUCUUGACUGAUGCCAUAUCAACCCUUCUUGGCGGUGAUUUGAGUAUUGACUACAAGAAUAUGGCAUCCGGAACAUCUACUUCAGGUCAAGCAUGGGGUCUCGAUUCUUGUGCAUGGAAUAACAUGCCCGCUGUCUGUCAAAUGUCUGAACUCCCUUGAGAUCGGCUGUCGCGACUGUAUGAACUUCUCUGAAGCUCUUUUUGUUUGUUUCAUUCAUUCCAUGAUUUGAUUGAUGUGGGUAGUCAAUCGAACAUGAUGUGCCGAUAGUUCAUUCGGGGUUGAGAUCAUCAUGAUAUGGUAGGAGUCAUGGAUGUUUUUGCUCUGUUGUCUAUGAUGUUUUUUUUUUCCUGUGGAACAGUUGAAUGCAUGUAUGCCAACAUGAACUCCGAGGUAUACAAAAUACAUUCAAGGUGGUGUUAUAACUUUUAGAAUAACUAUGCACUUUCAGCAUGAACAAUGGUUUGCUCUUUGAUGCAUUAUGUCUUAAACUGAAAUGCUUAUUUGUACCUUUGGAAGG